AUGGCUUGCUACGACACUAGGUCGACGAUAGGAAACCAUCUACUACAGCUUCGCGGUCUACCGUGCUCGCCAGUGUCGGGUGAAGUACCUGUGGAUUAUGAAUCUCAGGUUCUGCUUUCGCUCUUCAAUUUACACCGGAAUCUGUUAGCAGCGGGUGGCUCCGUCGCGGGAAUCAGACGUUUGACCUUGUCCAUUAGUAACCACGAUGCUCGGCUCAGUCAACAUAGCCGCCAUCUACAUCGUUUUCUACGUGCCAGCAAUCCCGUCAUAAAUAUAGUUUCGGCGGCCCAGCUGGAAGACGCGGCAUGGCGUUUUGUUAUUGAUGCCGAGGCUGCCGUCUUUGUUCCCAUCCCCCAAUCGCCGCCUCCUGCCGAGGACAAGACAUGGGAUGUCAUCAUCCUAGGUGCUGGCCUUGCCGGCCUUACGGCUGCCGAGAAACUCCUACAUACCGGACUCUCAUGCCUUAUCCUUGAGGCCCGCGACCGCGUGGGAGGUCGCACUUGGAGCGUUCCCCUAUCGAACAGAAAAGGCAUCGUGGAUAUUGGUGCGUCUUGGUUGAACGAUACCAAUCAGAGCCAGAUAUCCAAGCUCGCCGGUCGCUUUGGGCUCGAUCUCAUCGUGCAGAAUACGACGGGUAGUUGCGUGGCACAGGAUAAGGCGAAUAGCAAUCACUCCUUUGACUAUGGGAGACUGCCUUUCGAUCCUGACACACAGAAGCUCAUUGGCGAGAUUCGAGAUCUCGUCGAAGCAGACUGCCAGCGUCUUGAUGCCGCAAACCCCCAAAGCCCUGUCCACGAUGCUAUGACUUUUCUUGCCUACCUUCGCAGCCGCAACGCAAGCGAGACUACCAUUGCAUCUGCCUCGAUCUGGACCCGUGCCAUGCUAGGUCAAGAGCCCCAGGACAUAUCGGCUCUUUUUUUCCUACACCACUGCAAAUCUGGUGGCGGUCUUCUACAGAUGCGGUCGGAUCGCACGGGCGGAGGUCAGAACCUUCGUAUUCGGCAAGGAGCGCAGGCCGUAGCUCAAGCUCUAUCUGCGUCCCUACCGUCAGACAAUGUAUUGCUCGCCUCACCUGUCACCUCAAUCGAUCAAUCAAAUGAAAACCUUGUGAUCGUUCAAACCCCUCACCGAACCCUCCGAGCGUCUAAAGUUAUUUCCACAGUACCUUCGCCUGCUCUUCGGGAGAUUUCAUUUACGCCUCAACUACCAGCUUGUAAGCAAUUAUUGGUCGAUUCUUAUGCCUACGGGUAUUUCACGAAAGCUAUGCUAGUUUUUAAAACCCCUUUUUGGAUUGAAAAGGGAUUUUGCGGGUUAUCCCAGUCUUUCAAUGGCCCAGCCACGAUUAUUCGGGACUGCAGCGUCCCAGAGGACGACUGUUGGGUCUUGACCUGCUUUUUGUGCGGUGAUACGGGCCGUGCUUGGUCGCUUCAGGAUGAAAAAGCCCGGACAAAUACUCUUCUCGACCAAGUAGGAAGGUUGUAUAGCGAUAAGGAAAUCGUGCUCAAUGAGUAUCUAAUGACUGUCUGGCAUGACUGGGCCGCGGAACGGUACUCUGGCUUUGGCUGUCCUUGUCCUUCUUUGCCACCCGGUGUCCUUUCUGCAGUGGGAGAUGUACUCCGCGAGUCCUACAGGAAUGUUCACUUUUCCGGGACAGAAACCGCUAUUGAAUGGAAGGGUUUCAUGGAAGGUGCUGUCCGUAGUGGCCAGCAGGCUGCCACCGAGGUUUCCAAGCAGUUACUCAAAUGCUGA